GCGACAAAUCCUCUAAGAGUCGUAUUGUUGCUUGGUGUUGAUUUGCUAGCUUCACACUGCUGGGAAAGUGAAGAUGCAAGCCAAGUCAAAGUUGCGAUUCUUCCUGGGACUAAUUGAUCUGGAAGACUUCUUGAAAGAGCCUCCUUUUGGCUUUACAGUGGAAAAGCGAGCGUCGGGAUGCAGAUUUGUAAAAUAUGAUCCGGAGGUCUGCUGUGUGUUUAUAGAAGACGCACAGACUGCGACGGGGAAAGUUAUUUUUCAGCAUUCAAUCGGAAGGGCAGUCAAGGUACGAACGUUGAGAGAUUACACGCAUCUGAGAAAAAGACUGACAUCGAAACUUAUUUUCCUGCUGGUUUCGGCAUGCGAGAACAAUGCAGCAUUGUCUGGGAAGAAGGCAGAAAAGAAGUCAAAAGUAAUCAAACAUUUCAUUGUGGUCAUUAAUGGCAGCAACUCUAUCAUCAAGUGGGAGAUGGAAAGAGGGCUUGACCAGACUAUUUCAUCUGUGGCUGGGGAAAGCUACACAGUCAAAAUUGACAUGAAAGAUGCUUUGCAGAAAUGGAUGGAACAGGAGAAGUUUGCCAUCGUGGUUGGGCACCAACGUUUUAAACCUGUUUGGAGGGAUACGUGGUUUGUUCUCAAAUACCACUCCGACGCCCUGUUUGAUUUCCCAUUUUGGUUUGGGUUCAGCAAACGAAAAUUCAUGAUCAAUGGAAAGGUUUCUCACCUCACAAUCGAAGACAAACAGGAAAGAUUUGCUGUAGGAGAACUCUUUAUGCCCUGCUAGAUUAACAGCUACAGCAAUAGCGAUGUAUGGUUAAGUCUACGGUUUUGGCACUGGAGAGGUGCAGCAAAAAUACAAGAAGAGCUUUUAAAUAGUUCACCAAAACCAAUAAUAUAAAGAAUUGCUUUUGACUAUUGAAAAGUUUGAGCGUAACUUUAGAAUACAUAACUUACAGUACAUACUUCAGACUCCCCUCCGUAAUCUCUGGUCGGAGUCGAGGGUCUCUGUGCGACAAGUCGGAAUUACAUCAUCUACAAUCUUGUGACAUGCGUCUUUUGUGGAAAGGCGUACAGCCUUAACAGAUCGUCAGCCUUUUCACCUGUAAUUCUAAAAUAUACCUUACUGUCACGCAUCUCUCUAAUUAAUAUAUGAAAUUCUCCCUUUCGGGUUCUGUGUUGAGAGGACGGAUGUACUAACGUUGUCGCUUUUGAUUUUUCUUUUUAAACCGCUUGUAUAAGAAGUACAAACUUGGCACAUCUACUUAAGUCAAUUUUAAUCCAAUUCCGUGAAUGCAGUCUGUAUUUAAAGUAUGCACUACAGCUGCGACCACUUCUGCGCAGUCAAAAGGGCUGUGUCACAAUGCGUCCUUCGAGCAAAUAGUGAAGUUACACAGCUUUUAUGGCUGUGUGUCUAAUGUAUCAUUCAUCUGCGACAGAAGUCUGGACCAGAGUUUAGAGUUUUCCACGAUUCUGAAAUGGCAUGUUGUAAAGAAAGCCUCUAAGUCGGUAAACUUCUGUUCUCCAAUGCAUUUGUUCUUCUGCCUUUAUAGAAAACAGAUCACUCAUAAUUUUGUGGUAUUUUAGCAGUCUGCCAUUUCCAUGCUUGCUUGCUCAGCUAUCUCAUUCGCUGACCUAUGUAAGGUUUAAUUUCUUCUUAAAAAUAAUAAGCCAGUAGUUUCAAUCAAAAGAGUUUUAUUUCAGAAAUCAAAAUGCAAACAGGAGCAAAGCAAAUGAAAUGUAAUCCAUCAGUGAUCUCUCGCACAGACCUCAGUUAAUGGUGUUCUGAGCUGGUAGCGGUAGAUGUUUUGUUCUGAGCUGAGCUUUCAUGGCAUCGGAGAUGUUAAUUUUUUUCUGAGCCGGCAUGGCACAGAGAUGUUAGUUUCUGAGCAAAUAAAUUACUUUGUACUGCACAGAUAUGCCGCUAGCUUACACAGUUUAGUCUUAUUUCCCAAGUGUGAUACAUGGUGUGAGACAAAGCACAUUAAUAAUUAACAUCUGCGUUUCUUCUUCACUUUACCAAUGUCAGCAGAAACCCAAAUAACAAAAAGGUACACUUAAGAACAACUUCUUAUUAUAUAAUAGUUUUGCUAAAUUCUCACAGGCAGCAAAGAGCUAUAUCCCUCUGCAUUACAAGGGCGAACGACAAGGCUGGUGAUUACAAACUGCUGGAUGUACACCAACUAUGUACAGCUUGACUAAGAGUUUGUUAACCCUGUGUUGAUUCAGAACUUACAUUAGACACAGAACAAUCACACAAUGUUUACAGACCAUUCCAACAAUGCCUUUACCAUUUAAAGGGGCAACAUAAGCAAGGGGUUUUCAUAAUGGAAAGGAAGAAAGGGCUGAUGAAACAAUAAGAACUUGCUUAAUUUAACAGGAACAGAACAAUCUGUACACUGCCCCACCCAGGGUGUGUGUUUAUCAGAAAAAGCUGAUGUGUUCAGUUUGUAUAGUGUGUUAUUAGGCAUUCCGUGCCGCUUACCUAAAGCUAUAGAGUGUGUGGUUUUAGAACCGGUUUGAUUUUAUUUGAUUAUCAUUUGUACAUGAGUUAUGAAAAGCCAUUCACUACGACAUGGGUGUAUUUCAGGCCAUGUGCCAAGCGAAAGAGCUGCAGGGAAAGUUUUGCACCGGAAUUGGUAGCAGUAGUGACCUCUAGUGUUGAUUAUCAGUACUGCACAGUUUACUUGGUUGCUGGUCUCUCAUUAUGUGUAUAGGCCAUAUUAACUAUUGUGCAUUGGGUAGGCCUAUAUGUUUAAAUGGUGGUUCGUUGAAUGGAUAUGGUUGUAGGGGUUAAUGUAUUGAUGUUUUCUUUUGAUGUAUGUGUAAUUGAUUAUGGUUCAUGAUAAUGGGGGAGUUUAUAGAGCUUUCUGUUGGGGACAGGACCCCUUUAAAUGAUUAAAGGUAACGUUAAGUAUAGGUGGGGUUGUUCCUUCUACAAGGAAGGCAGUAUAGCAUCCUAGGGGAGUCUGUCUGUGUUUUGAGCUGUUGGUAUCUACAUGCUGAUCUAAAGUCAUGAACAAGGAGCUUUCUGUUGUGCUGCUGUUUUAAGUGUGGUGGAUAUUCAUGUGCAUGGAGCUACCUGAAAAUAAAGUUUCCCUUUCGCAUUUUUCUACAAA